GAACCAAUCAAUCAGCCCCACGCCCCCACCAGCUCCAACAUCAGUCACGUUUCUCAGCCUCACAGCACGACAACCCUCCAAACCUUUGGGGCUUGAUCACCAGCGAAAGCCAAGACAAAGUUUGGCUUCUAGUCAGUCGACCCUUCUGAACAUCCCCCGGAAUUGCAACCUCAUUAGCAGCCCCACCCCUCACCACUCAACACGGCCUUUGAUUAGAGGUCCCGUACGUGGGCAGCAGCACACCCAUGUCAUCACCACCCCUCCUAGUAGGCGUUUCAGGCCCCUCCUCCUCCGGAAAGACAACCCUGUCCCGACUCCUCCGGGACAUCUUCCCACCCAAGCAACUCUCCGUCGUCCAUCUUGACGACUUCUACCUCACAGACGCUGAAAUCCCCGUCAAAAACGGCGUGCAAGACUGGGACUGCCUCGAAUCGCUCGACCUACCAGGCCUUCGAUCAGCUCUGCAACACAUCAAACAGCAUGGGAGAAGUCCAGGCUGGCUAGUCAGCAAAGAAGACCAAAACAGCGUCGGUGAACACGGCGUAUCUACGCGCGUCACCAACGAGCUCCGCAGAGAACUAGAGGCACUGUUACGUGCCCACCCAGACUGGCGCGACCGACGCAUCUGCAUAGUCGACGGCUUCCUUCUGUUCAGCGAGGAAAUGAAAGAUAUCCGCGAACUGUUCGACGUUCGCGUGUUCUUGCGCACGAGCUACGAGGCGACCAAGAAGAGGCGGGAGGCGCGGAGCGGGUAUGUCACACUGGAGGGCUUCUGGGAAGAUCCGCCGGGGUAUGUUGAUGACAUCGUGUGGCCGAAUUACGUCAAGGAUCACAAGUUUUUGUUUGAGGAUGGGGAUGUGGAUGCGGAGUUGGAUGAGGAAGUGCUUGAGAAGACGGGGAUUUAUGGGAUGCCACAGGAGGCGGAGGGGGAUAUGGAGGUGUGCCUGAGGUGGGCUGUGGGAGUGCUGGAGGAUGUGAUCAAGGGGUCAUGAUAGUUGAGAGGAUGUGAGCCGGGGAUGUAGAAGAUGUAACAUGCAUUGCGCCGGACGCCGUAGCUUGGCUUGUAGCCGAGCAGGCCGCAUGUCGAGUGCCAAGUAACCGAAAGCGCCGUAUCCAACCUA